AAGGAAUUUCCGUCAGCUUAUCCUUUGAAGCUGGAAUAAAAACUCCUGAACAUGAACAAGCUAUUAAGUCAGUUCUACACAGUAGAAGUGGGUGACUCCACUUUUACCAUCCUGAAACGUUAUCAGCACCUGAGGCCCAUAGGUUCUGGUGCCCAAGGAAUAGUAUGUGCUGCUUGUGACAUGCUGACAGACACCAAUGUUGCAAUCAAAAAGUUGAGCAGGCCCUUCCAGAAUGUCACACAUGCAAAGAGAGCAUACAGGGAGUUCGUACUCAUGAAGCUUGUCAAUCACAAAAAUUACCUGGUGAUGGAGCUCAUGGACGCCAACCUGUGUCAGGUGAUCCAGAUGGACCUGGACCAUGAGCGCAUGUCCUACCUCCUCUACCAGAUGCUGUGUGGCAUCAAACACUUACAUUCUGCUGGCAUCAUACACAGGGACCUCAAACCUAGCAAUAUCGUUGUCAAGUCAGACUGCACGUUGAAGAUCCUUGACUUUGGCUUGGCCCGGACGGCCGGGACAGGUUUCAUGAUGACGCCGUACGUGGUGACUCGCUACUACAGAGCCCCGGAGGUUAUACUGGGGAUGGGCUACAAGGCAAACGUUGAUAUCUGGUCUGUUGGCUGUAUAAUGGCAGAACUGAUACGUGCCACAGUGAUGUUCCCGGGUACAGAUCACAUUGACCAGUGGAAUAAGAUUACAGAGCAGCUUGGCACCCCAAGCCAAGACUUCAUGUCCAGGUUACAGACAACGGUGAGGAACUACGUGGAGAACCGGCCCAAACACACGGGACACAGUUUUGAGAAGCUGUUCCCAGAUGUACUCUUCCCUCCAGAUAGCACAGAGCAUCAAGGGUUGAGAGCGAUGGUGGCCAGGGAUUUGUUGUCCAAAAUGUUGGUGAUCGACCCGGAGAAGAGAAUCUCAGUGGACGAGGCUCUGAUGCACCCGUACAUCAACGUCUGGUACGACGAGCGGGAAGUCAACGGGCCUGCACCAGGUCCAUACGAUCAUGCAGUGGAUGAAAGAGAACACUCAGUCCUAGAAUGGAAAAUGUUCAUAUACAAUGAAGUCAUGGAGUAUGAAAACCGUGAAAGAGAAAAAGAAAAGCAAAGUGCUAUGCAAAACCAUAAUGAUGGUGCCAACAACACGAUGGAGACCGGAGGGGCGGGCGCCGAGUCCAACUCCACAUCGAGAGGAGCAGCAGCAGCCACUGCAGCCACCGCGCAGAACCACCACUAAUGAUGGCUUUAGUUUGUACAUAGUCUUUUUACCUCUC